AUGGCCUGGCGCUCGCACGGCGUGGAUAACCAAGACCUCGUUCGCGCCUUGACCGCGAACGCCAUCGUCCGCCAUAAACGCGUCAAGGAGGCCAUGUUACUCGUCGACCGAGGUCGUUACGUUCCCAAGAAUGAAAUGCAAUCCGCGUACGAAGACCGCCCGCUCGCGAUCGGGCACGGCGCGACGAUAUCCGCGCCGCACAUGCACGCGGCGUGUUUGGAACUCCUGGAGACGCGCGUGCGAGCGGGCUCGCGGGUGCUGGACGUCGGAAGUGGGACCGGGUAUCUCAGCGCGUGCUUGGCGUCGAUGGCGAGCGAACGAGGCGAAGUGGUCGGCGUCGAACACAUAGAGGAGUUAGUCGAGACGUCGAUCGAGAACGUGCGAGCGGAUGGAAAGAGUGCGUGGUUGGCGAACGGGCGGUUGACGUUGCGAUGUGGAGACGGGCGGUUGGGGUAUCCGGAGAAGGCGCCGUACGACGCGAUUCACGUCGGCGCGGCUUCGAGGGAGGUUCCGAGGGCGCUGAUCGAUCAGUUGGCGAUCGGUGGACGGUUGGUGAUACCGGUCGGGGAUGAGGGUGGGCAGGCGCUCAUGGUGAUCGAUAAGCUCGAGGACGGCAGUCUGAUGAAGAAGAUGGAGAUGGGGGUCGUGUACGUACCGCUCACAGAUCGCGAGAGCCAACUCAAGCGCUGGUUUUGA